AGACCUGAGAGCGUGAGCGGGGAGCGAGAGAAGAAGGGAGAGGAAAGAGCUUUGUUUGCCGUCUCUCCUGGUUGCAAUCAUGAUUAUUCCAGAGAAGAAUCGUAGAGAGAUCUCCAAGUACCUCUUUCAAGAGGGCGUUUGUUACGCUAAGAAGGACUUCAAUCUGGCGAAGCAUCCCGACAUUGAUGUUCCAAAUCUGCAGGUCAUCAAGUUAAUGCAGAGUUUUAAAUCGAAGGAGUAUGUCCGCGAGACCUUUGCAUGGAUGCACUACUAUUGGUACCUCACCAACGAUGGUAUCGAAUUCCUCCGAACAUACCUUAAUCUCCCAUCUGAAAUCGUCCCCGCUACAUUGAAGAAAUCUCUUAAGGCUCCCGGAAGGCCAAUGGGUGGCCCUCCUGGUGAUCGCCCUCGUGGCCCCCCUCGCUUUGAAGGAGAUAGGCCUAGAUUUGGUGAUCGUGAUGGGUACCGCGGAGGACCUAGAGGAGGACCUCCAGGAGAAUUCGGAGAUAAGGGUGGAGCUCCCGCUGAAUACCAGCCAACAUUUAGGGUAAAUCUUUGGUGGAAGACCUGGAUUUGGCCGUGGGGGAGGAGGCUUUGGUGCAGGUCCCGCCAGCUCGAGUCUUGCUUAAGAGGCAGAUGUUCUACACAUGUCUUAAUUUUGUCAGUCUAGGCAAGUUAAAUCCUUUUGUGCUAGUUCGCAUUAGUUAUCGGAGGUUUUUUUUUACAGGGUGUACUCGGUUGAUUUUGUCAAUUGAUGACCUAUAAUUUUGUUGAUUAAAGUUUUUUGAAAUGAAAACUCAGCACUAUUGUU